AUGGCCGAUGAAUUGGAUAGCCAUCCCUUUGAUCUCGGAAAAGACGUCAGUCAGGCACACCAUGUCGAUUUCGCUGCAGAGAGCAGUAGAUCGCCACAGGAACGAACAACCAAUGCCUUCCUACUCCUCACUUGCACGGCUUUUGGCGCAGCCUCGUUAGUAUUUGGUUUUGAUGACAAGAUCAUUUCGCCGGUGGCUGCAUUGGGUUCAUUCGUCGAUAGGUAUCAAGGCCCCGAGCCAGUAACGGGCAACCUUGUCUUGACAGCACGCAAUCAAAAUCUUGUGUUUUCCGUUCCUUUGCUCGGCUCAAUCCUAGGAGGGUUGACAGCCUCUCCUCUAAAUGCCGGCUUGGGCCGUAAACGCCCCUUGUUGAUCGCGUAUAUUAUUUCCAUUGGCGGCGGGUUGCUCCAGGUGCUGGCCCCAAAUCUGGGAGCCUUUGUAUCGGGUCGUUUCAUCAACGGAAUUGCUAUGGGAAUUGCCAAUACCACGGCUCCCCUGUAUCUUUCAGAGAUUGUACCUGCCUCCCUGAGAGGAAGGAGCGUAUCGUUGUUCAAUAUCUUAAACCUGGUUGCUGGUGUCUUGGGUGCCGUUGUGGUGUUGUGCACGCACAAAUUACAAGGCAGGAGUUCGUACAUGAUACCAUUGGCCGUGCAGUGUGCUUUGCCUGCUCUCCUACUUAUUUCGACAUUGCCUUUGCCCGAGAGUCCGCAAUGGCUCGUUUCGAAAGGCAGGGUGGAUCAGGCUCGUAGCAACCUGCGGAGACUGCACCACUGCAGUGAACAACGGGUUGAUAAUGAGAUCCGAAACAUGGAACGCUCCGAAGAGGGUUCGAAAACCAAUGCACCCUUUUGGGAUAUCUUCUCCAGGAAACACCUGCAGCGCACCGUGAUCGCCGGUUCUUUCUAUUCCUUGAACCAAAUCUCCGGCAUCAUUCUCUCGACAACCUACAGCACUGUUUUUCUCUCCGAGAUUGGCAUCGGAGAUCCUUUCUCGUUAACCGUCAUAGCCUCCUGUUGCACUCUUGCAGGUACGAUCGCUGCCCCCUUGGUGCUUGACCGGGCGGGUCGUCGCCCUACUGCAUUGGUGGGCAUGGGUAUCCUGUUCAUCAUCGACGCGAUGGCUGGGGGCCUGGCGUUUAAUAGGGGAGACCGUCGUUCCGCCAUGGCAAUUGCGGCCUUGUCCUUCAUUUUCAACUUCUUCUGGGCUUCCUCGUUUUCCCCAUUGUCAACCCUUCUGCCUUCGGAAAUGGCCACCCCCAAGCUUCGCCACCACACCAUGGCUUAUACCAUCGCCUGUGCUCAAACAACGGCAGUUAUCACCACUCUAGUGGUGCCCCAGCUGACAGCGGCUGAUGCGGCAAAUUUAGGCCCAAAGACAUACGUUGUAUUUGCCGGUUGCAUGGGCUGCAUUCUGAUAUUCGCAUACCUUUCCAUCCCUGAAACCAAAGGUCGAACCUUUGUGGAAAUCGACGCAAUGUAUGAUGCCAAGAUUCCUGCCCGGAAAUGGAGACAGCAUUGGUCUUCGCUCGAGAAGACGAUGGAUUCAGGUUCCUAA